UGGGCCAGCUUCAUCCCUAAGGAGAAGAGCUCGUGUGUGAAAGUGCAGCACGCGCUCUGCUUUGACUCUCUUUUCUUCCUUUAUAUAUUUUUCUUGAUGCAACUUGAGUAUCACCUGCUACGUUGUAGCAUUUUUAUAAGAGAAUAGGUUUUCUAAGGGGUUCAUUUGAAUGGAUACUAAUGGAAGCCUGAGAAGAAUUUUGUAUUGAUAGUGAAGAGCAAAGGAAAAGGCAAGAUGACCCACAAGGGCCUUGUUUCAGCAAGGCCGUUCCACUGGGGUCUUCUUCUGUUUUGUGUGCUGAGCUUGUGCAGCCGGCGAGGGUCCGCUGGCAACCAAAGCUCAAGAGGCGAGACGGGGUCAUCGAAGGAGAGGACAGGGACCUGUGAAGUGGUAGCGGCUCAUCGUUGCUGCAACAAGAACAAGAUUGAAGAACGCUCUCAGACGGUCAAGUGUUCCUGUUUCCAAGGACAUGUUGCUGGGACAACGAGGGCGCGGCCUUCUUGCGUUGAAGCCUCCAUCGUGCGUCACAAGUGGUGGUGUCAGAUGAAGCCGUGCGUGGAAGGGGAGGAUUGCCGAGUCCUGCCUGACCUGACGGGCUGGUCGUGCAUCUCCGGGAACAAAGUAAAGACCACCAAGGUGGCACGGUAGUUUAGCAGCAACGUCCAAUCAGAGCAAAUCCUAAGCAACUCUGGAACCUGAGGACUGUUGGAUUCACAAAGACUACACUAAAAAAUAGAUGAUAUGAGAGGAACUUUUUUUUUUUUUUUUUUUUUUUUAACAUUGACUGUGUUAAACACAUAUUUAGUCAUAGUAAUCCUGUGUGGACAAUCUAUUUGUGAAGACAAAAAAAGAACUGACUGUUGUGAACAUUUUUUCCCCAAUUGUCCCAGUGGUGCAUUUACUGUAUACGAUCAGCACAUGCACAUGCAUUCAAAGAUAGGAUGGGUCUGGUUAUUGUUUGUGGAUUUUCAACAGGCUCCAGCCAUUGGUUUGCAUUCUCCCUGCCCAUUAAAAAAAGCACAAAUAAUAUAACAUCUAUAACAGUGGACAAUUCUGCAGACCCACUCUGAGUUUUACAAAGAGGUCGAUCCCUUUGGACUGGGAAGACGCGCACGUACACACACAGGCUGCGUUUCGAUUGUGGAUUGGAUGGACCACAGGAUAAACAUGCAGACAUUCCUGCAAUGUACGAAAAUAAAAGUGUUUGAAAUGCUAAUCAUGGGGAGAAAAGCGACAAGGAGCGUCUUCACUGUUGUGAGUAUUUACAUCUCGCUUUUGUUUAUCUUGCCAAACGCUGCGCUCCUGCAGAGGAGACACAGUUUAUUGUAAUGAUGGUGAACAAUGAACGUUUUCUGCCUUGGAGCAAAGUGUAGCCACUAACAAAAUGCUUUGUGUUAUUACCAGUUAAUCUUGAUGAAUAAUAUAAUAAUUGCUUUUGUUGUAUUGCUUGAGUACAGCCACUGUGUUUGCAUUGCAUAUUUUCAAUGAAAUAAUAAUACAAAAAAAAUCCCAGAAAAAAAACCAUACACUGGCGACAUGCAUACUGUACAUUUUACGGUAAGGUGUGAGAUGAUAAUGAAUGUUAACUCCAUUGACAACGACAGACUUGCAAUCCAUUUUAACUGUGAGGCCUGGUAGCCCUCUGAGUUAAAAUGGUUUGAACGUCUAUCGCCGUCAAUGGCAGCCUAUAAGCAAGGCCGGCCCAGCCUAUACGCAGACUAUGCAGCUGCUUAGGGCCACCACUAGGGGGACCCCAAUCCGGCAACCUCAUUUUAUAUGUUGUUAAUAGAGCAUCGUGAAUAAUGUGGCGCGCAUUGCCGUUUAUCUAUGCAAACAACCAUUUUCUUGUCAUUACAAUGUGACAACCUGGGGAGUGACGUUGAACCUGCUUUGCCAUGAUUGGUGCUCAAACUUGCUUGGACAAUAGAUGCACGAAUAUUUCGAAGAGAAUCUAUCCUUCUGAAGCAGAGAAACGAAAGAAAAAAAUCGGAGAAUAAAAGAAACAACAGUAUCAAGGUAAUAGAGCAUGUUGUUGUUGUUGUUGUUGUGCAAGACACUCCGACUUGAACGUUGUUGUCAGCUGAGCUUGCCAAUAUGUCGUACUGGUAAUUGCCAUUUGCCGCAGGGCGAAGGCCCGGAGCUAAUUAAGUAAAAACUUGGACUAUACCACAUGUCGGCUACACUAGUAUGGAUUAGUUGUUAGACGGCUAAUGUAGACGGGUAAUGUUACCCGCCGCCUACGCUCGGCCUACGCUCCGCCUACACUCGGCCUACGCUCGGCCUACGCUCCACCUACGUCUGCCUAAUAU